AUGUGGAAGGACUCUCCCUCACCCCAAUAUUACCUAAAAUGGAACGAGUGCUUCAAAACGACAUUUAUCCACAGGGGCAUGCUAUGGCAAAAGGAUAUCCCAGGCUCCUUUAAUAAUGUGGACCAAAUACCGUCCCUAACAAAACGAACCUUUAACUCCGACCAGUGGGAACGGAUGCAGGUUAGGCUACUUGUAAAGUCAUCCCUUCCAUUCCAGUUUCUAGCACACCAGGAUUUCGAGGACCUAAUCACAGAAGCUCAGCUCUCAACUUCAAAACCUAAGCUCCUCCAUCCAAGGACAGCACCCUUACCAAGUGGUGCGAAGCUCUCUAUUGCACUUAACUACUGGACGUCGCCAUUUACACAGGCCUUUAUGGCUAUUACUGGAUAUUUUGUGGAUGCUGAUUGGAAUUUUCGCGAGAUUCUUCUAGCAUUUAAGCCACUUUCUGGGACACAUUCUGGUGAGAACCUUGGUACGGUGGUAUUCAAGGUCCUUCAAGAUCAUGAUAUUAUGGAUCGGGUAUUAGCCGUCACCACUAAUAACGCGUCAAAUAACUCUACACUAGUUGAGAACCUCCAGCAGGCUAUUGACUCCCUUGAACUACCAGUCGGCUCAACAACGCCAAUUAUACAGAUUCCCUGCCUCGCUUAUAUGAUUCAACUUAGCCUACGUGACCUUCUUGGUGCUAUGAAGAGGGCUUUAAACGUGCAUGAUCGGUCUCAAGGAAUACGCUAUACGCUUUUAAAGAUCCGCAAAUUCGCCGUCUAUAUCAACGCGAGUCCCCAACGCCGAGAAGCCUUCACAAAUCUUCAACAAGCUCAUCUAAAGCUUGUUCCAAUCCAGGAUACAAAAGGGUUAUCAAAGAGCAAGGAAGUCACAAUUUACAACGUUUUCAAGAUUUAUAACCUACUUUUUGGGCAUUUUGAGAAGUCAAUUCAUCAGCUUAUCAAGAAGAAGGUAGUAUGGAAGCAAGAGAUGCUUUCUUCACUUCAAGCUGGAAAAAAGAAGCUUUCUAUCUAUUAUAAUAAGACAGAGGAGCAGCUAGCCUCUCCACCUUUACCAGUAACUGCCAUUAGCCAGACGACUAGUCAGUUUAGGGGAUUAUUCAGUGACUCUCAGCCUCAGCAAGCUAAGAAGCUAAGCUCUAAUAAUGAGCUUACAACCUACCUGAAUCUUGGACAACAGACUGAACAAGAUCCCUGUACGUACUGGCGAGACCAGCAGCGUCAAUUCCCAACUCUUGCGCGGCUAGCACGAGAUGUCUUCUCUAUUCCAGCAACUGGAGCUGGUGUAGAACGUCUUUUCAACUCUGCCCGAGAUAUAUGCCACUACCGGCGUGGGUCUCUUUCACCAUCAACAAUUCAAGCCUUAAUGCUAUUUCGGUGUACGUCAAAUUUCGAAGUUGAGCAAGAUGAGCUUAAUUUAUAUAAGCAAGUCUAUACUCGUGAAGAACUUGAUGAGAUCGAAGAGAGGCGUGAAGCUUCCUUUCUUAAGGUUGAUGGGAUUAAUCCAAUUAGUGACGACGAAGAGGAAGACUUACCUAGUCAUUCACAACGUCCUAUCCAGCGAUCAAAGCAACGACCAAGCCAGCGAUCAAAGCAGCGAUCAAGCCAACAACCUCUUAGAAAGAGACGGAGACGUAGCCGAUCACUUUACUCUAUUCCAGACGAUGAAGAUGACGAAGAGAAUCCUACAAUCUCUCUACCAGGUCCUCCAGAUCCAGAUCCAGAUCCAGACCUAGAUCCAUAUCUACAUCAACCUCCAGCUUCAUCUUCUUCUCCAUCUCUAGAACCUCUAGAACCUUCAAAAGGUAGUGAGCUAGAUCUUCCACCGCAAAAAGGAGAGGCAACCCAGUCCCGGAUGUCAACGAGAUUCCAAGGUGAAAAGCGCCCAAGACGAGAGGAUUCUAUGUUCGUCAGUAACUACUGA